GGUGUCUCAGCUGCUGUCCGCCCGCUCCGCUGCCGCCGCCGACAGCGCGCUGGCGGGGCUGCAGGGCGGGGUGGGGGCGGCGGUGGGGGGGCUGCGGGCGGCGCUGCUGGACCUGCUGGUGGAGCUGGAGGCGAGGCUGGAUUUCGACGAGGACCUGCCGCCCCUGGACCUGCCCUGGGUGAAGCGCAAGAUAGGGGAGGUGCAGGCGCGUGUGGACGCCGCGCUGCGCACCCAGCGGGCCGGCAGCCUGCUGCGGAGGGGGCUGCAGGUGGCUAUCGUGGGUCAGCCCAACGUGGGUAAGAGCUCGCUGCUGAACGCCUGGACCGACAGCGACCGCGCCAUCGUGACCCCCACCGCCGGCACCACCCGCGACGUGGUGGAGGCGGCGCUGGUUGUGGGCGGCGUGCCGGUGACACUGCUGGACACGGCGGGAAUACGACACAGCGAGGACGAGGCGGAGAUGAUUGGGGUGGAGCGCUCUCGUGCCGCCGCAGCCGCCGCAGAUGUGGUGGUGAUGGUGGUGGACGGCGCGGCGGGGUGGACGGCGGAGGACGGGGAGAUACAUGCGGCACUGUGGGGGGGUGAGGGGGGAGGCGGCGGGGGGUGCAAGGUGCGGGGCCCUGCGCUGUUGGUGGCGAACAAGGACGACUUGCGGGGGGCCGGGAGCCAACACUGCAGCGGUACUGGCAGCAGCAGCAGCAGCAGCAGCGGUAGCAGCACCCUCAGGAGCAGCAGCAGGGAUGUUCGCAGCAGCAGCAGCAAUGGUAGUGUGGCGGAGGAGGAGGGGGUUGAGGAGGCGGAGGCGGAGGGCCUGGUGCUGCCCCCGGGGGUGCGCUCCACGUUUGCAGGUGUGGUGCGAACUAGUGCGGCGCAGCGGAGGGGGCUGCAGGAUCUUGACGCGGCGCUGUUACGGCUAGCGGGCGCCCCACAGCUAGCCGCCGGGGGGGUGGCGUGGGCGGUGAACGAGCGGCAGGCGGAGGCGCUGCUGAGGUGCAGGGAGGCUCUCUCCCGGCUGUCGGAGAGUGUGGCUGCGGACCUGCCACUCGACUUCUGGACCAUAGACCUGCGCUCUGCGGUGCUGGCGCUGGGGGAGGUGAGCGGGCAGGAGGUGGGGGAGGAGGUGCUGGAGGCGGUAUUUAGCCGCUUCUGCAUCGGCAAGUGAUAUAGCGGUAACGGUGGUGGUGGUGUUGGUUGGAUGCUGCUGCUGCGUUUAGGGAAGGCGGCAUCGUGAGGCGUGAGAGUGGAGGGCUGUUAGGGUGGUCCCAGACCUGAAGCGUCUGUUGUGACGGGAAGUAGAGGGUACUAAAAGGGGAGGAGAUGGAGAGCAGGAGGAUGCUGGGGUGGGUAGAAAUAUGAAGGGUGGAGGAGUGCUAGAGGAGUGGCAUUGCAUGCGAGCAGGUGGGUGGAGAGGGGCAUUACACGAUUACAAGGGGGUCACUUUGGGUUAUAGCUGGGGGGUGGUUUAUCGAGCCCGGAAACACAUUCCUUGGAAGACGGGGAGGGACCCAGCCACCCCAGGUUUGCAGCGGGUUGCGUGCCUCAUGGCGUUCCGUGACAGGCCUGGUGGGGGCUGACGAGGCGAGCUGACGACGACGACGCGAUGAAAGGUGGUAUGACCCUUCCAACUGAGCUGGUGGUGCCUGGACAACAGAAAGGGCGGUGGAAGAGAGAGCUCGGGGCGGCUCGGGGGGCCUCAGGGGCAGUAUGACUGACGGGGUGACAGCGCGUUAAGCGCAUCCUGUGUUGGGCCGCAAGGAUGGAUACUGAGGUAAACUGAGAGCCGCGGGGAGCACCCGGACCCUGCCCCUGACCUACCGGAGGAAAAGAGGAAACAACUAACUGACCGACUGACUGAGGAGGACGGAUGGCGUCCCAGGGGAUGUCGUACGGCAGCAGGCGCUGUGUGUCACAGCGGUACGUGACGAGCUGUGUAGUCAUGAGUCCUCGCGGGUGGUGUGUGGAUUACGGUAAAAAGUACUGGCCGCCAGCCGGAACGUGCCGUACUGUGCAUGCCGGAAGAUGCCGUGACGAAGUGUGUGUUAAAGGAAACUGGCCG